UUUCCACCAAGGAGAUAGAUAUUAACCAACAAAAAUAUAGAGCCAUUUAGUGUUUUUUUUUGCUAAUAGUAAAAAGAAAAGUUAUAGUGUAAUCCCCACCAGCGUAAUCGCAAAAUGGAUUUGCUGUUCCUCAGCAAGCGCAUUUUUCUAGGCACCGAGCAGGGCUUCCUGAACGGUGGCAUUAUCGUCGACACAGAGGGCAUCAUACGUAAGGUCUUGCGCACUGCACAAGAGGUGAAUACCUAUGUAUACAACACGGAAUCGGAAGCGGUCUAUGAUUUUGGCGACAAAGUGCUCAUGCCGGGUCUCAUAGACGCCAAUGUCAACAUCAGCGAGCCGGGGCGUAAGGAUUGGGAGGGAUUUAUGGCCGCCACUAAAGCAGCAGCUGCCGGCGGCUUUACCACAAUCAUCGAUCGACCUACUAACACCAUACCGCCCACAACCAGCGUAGCGGCUUUGAAGACAAAGACAAGUGUGGCUCGUGGUAAGAUUUUCGUAGAUGUCGGUUUUUGGGGCGGUCUAGUGCCUGAGAAUAUUAAGGAAGCCGAUUCGCUAUUGGCCGCUGGCGUUAUCGGUCUACAAUGCACACUUUCUCCUACACCAGCACCAGUGGGUGACGCUUUUCCGGCUAUAAAUCGCAAAGAACUAGAAGAUGUGAUCGGCAAAUUAGAGGACGACACCGUUUUGGCUUUUAGUGCCGAACUUCCACUGAAGAAUGUCAUAGAACCUAAUGAGGAAGAGCCCAAGAAAUAUGAGUCUUUCCUGCGUACACGUCCUGAAGAAAUGGAAGUAAACGCCGUGCAAUUGAUUAGUCAAUUGGCGAAUGCGAAUAAGGGCAAACAUAUGCACAUCAUGAAUAUAAGUUCUGCCGAUGUGCUGCCCAUUGUUGCGCAAUGCAAACGCGCUGGCGCUAAUCUAACCGUCGAAACAUGUCCGCACUACCUAACGCUGUCUUCAGAGCAAAUCGAGGAUUGUCAUACCGAAUUCAAAGCGCAGCCCCCAAUACGCGGCAAAUCGAAUCAGCCGCGUCUGUGGGAAGCUUUAAAGAAUGGCGUCUUGGAUAUUAUUGCCUCAAAUCACUCACCAGCGACGCCGGGCGUGAAGUGCUUGAAUUACGGGCGUGCGCGCGGAAACUUUUUGAACGCGUGGCCCGGCGUCUCGUCGCUGCAAUUAGGUCUCUCAGUCGUUUGGACACACUGCCAAGCGCAUGGCAUGGGUAUGGAACAUAUUUAUCGUCUUAUGUGUCAAAAUCCCGCAGUGCUCUGUGGUCUGUCCAGUUUUAAGAGUAAAAUUGAGGAGGGCUUUGAUGCGGAUUUUUGUAUUUGGGAUCCAGACGAGGAGUUCAACGUGUCAACGGAUAUGCUCUUUUCUACUAAUAAGGCAACUCCCUAUAUGGAUCAGCGCUUACGCGGUGUGGUGCAUGCCACUAUUGUACGCGGCUUGCAUGUCUAUCAGCAGUAUGAGGGCUUCGGCCAGCCACUGGGCAAGGUGCUGUUGCGUAAAAGCACUAAGAAAAUUGUCAAAUUUGUUCGCAUGUAACAAUUCUAGGUGCUUAUG